UCAUCACACCGCAGCAUCACCGCCUCGCCUCGCAGGGGAACACACACAAGAGACAUGCGAAGGGAUGUAAGAUGGCAGAGCUACAAAUGCUACUAGAGGAGGAGAUCCCCGCCGGUAAAAGAGCGCUGGUGGAGAGCUACCAGAACCUGUCCCGGGUGGCGGAAUACUGUGAAAACAAUUAUGUGCAGGCUCAAGACAAAAAGAAGGCGCUGGAGGAGACCAAAGCCUACACCACCCAGUCGCUGGCCAGUGUUGCCUACCAGAUUAAUGCCUUAGCCAACAAUGUGCUGCAGCUGCUGGACAUCCAGGCCUCGCAGCUGCGGAGGAUGGAGUCGUCCAUCAACCACAUCUCCCAGACGGUGGACAUCCAUAAGGAAAAGGUGGCGCGUCGAGAAAUCGGCAUCCUGACCACGAAUAAGAACACGUCCCGCACUCACAAGAUCAUCGCCCCGGGCAACAUGGAGCGGCCGGUGCGCUACAUCCGGAAACCCAUCGACUACACCCUGCUGGACGACGUGGGCCACGGAGUCAAGUGGCUUAAGGCCAAGCAACAUGGGAACAAUGCAGCGGGACGCGGGGGGACGCUGUCCAGGACCAACCCCCCGUCCCAGAAACCCCCCAGCCCCCCCAUGGCCGGCCGGGGCACGCUCGGGCGUAACACUCCCUACAAGACCCUGGAGCCGGUGAAGCCCCCGGUGGUUCCUAACGACUACAUGACGAGCCCGGGCCGGCUCAGCGGCCAGCACAGCCCUGCACGCACCGCCUCGCUCAGCCAGAGGCCCCGCACACACAGUGGCAGCAGUGGAGGGAGUGGAGGGAGGGAGAACAGUGGAGGCAGCGGAGCUGGCAUCCCUCUGGCCGUCCCCACCCCGUCUCCUCCCAGCCUGGGACAAGUGCCGGCUUCCUCGGCCUCCGUGCCCCAGGGCCCCGGCUUGGGUCCAAUCCCCAUGUCCCAGUUCGGCACCAUCUCCCGCCAGAUCUCCCGCCACAACUCCUCCACCACCUCCUCCGCCUCCAUGGUGUCGGCCACGGGCACCUACCGCCGCGCGCCCUCCGUCUCCUCCCAGCAGCCCCACAUCAACGGGGGCCCGGCCUUCCAGCAGAACUCAGUGUCUGUGGCUCCUCCGCCGCCGCCUCCCGUGGUCCAGCUGACCCCACAGAUCCCCCUGACCGGCUUUGUGGCCCGAAUGCAGGAGAGCAUAACAGACAGCCCGGCCCCUCCUCCCCCGCCCCCCCCAGAGGACCUGGGUGUGUUCGAGGAGCCGGCUCCCCCUCCACCUCCUCCUCCCGUGGACUACGAGGAAGAGGACGCUGCUGUGGUUCAGUACAGCGACCCCUACGCCGACGGAGACCCCCACUGGGCCCCCAAAGUCUAUCAAGAGAAAGUCGUGGCCAUCUACGACUACUCCAAAGACAAAGAGGACGAGCUGUCCUUCAUGGAAGGAGCCAUCAUCUACAUCAUCAAGAAGAACGACGACGGCUGGUAUGAAGGCGUCUGCAACGGCACCACGGGCCUCUUCCCCGGGAACUACGUGGAGUCCAUCAUGCACUACGCUGACUAACAAACUACAGCCUUUUCUGCUGAUGCUGGCGCCGCUGGACACGGACGGUGGGGUGCAGUGCAGUGCUGCUGCUCGUGCAGCUCCUGGUUUAAAUAAAGUGCCACGGUGAAUUUCUAAAUGGUUUUUCUUUAGGCGGGGGGAGGGGCUCGUCCUUGCAUCAGUUUGGCUUGUUUUAAAUUAAGUUAAAACAAAAAGGAGAGUGGGGUUGAGUCUCGGGAGGCCAGGGGUCUGCUAAACUCACUCACAGCAACUAACGCUCAGUCAGACGCAGCCAGAGUACAACGUGAAUCUGUGUGUGCUGUAAAUGUGUGUGUGGCAACUUUAAUUCAUGUUUCUUCAAGUAUGCGGCUGAUUCUGACCGAAGAGACAGAUCCACACUGCAAAAACUCCAAAUCUUACCAGGAAUAUUUGUCUUAUUUUUAGUU